CGCGCCUCACAGCAGUGCCAGGGCCGAAGGCGCGCGGUCGGACGUGGUAUCGGCGCGCUGAGCGUCGCGGUGAGCGUAGCGCGCGAGUCGAGUCCAAGUGCGCGGUGCGGUGCGCGGUCGCGGUGUUCAGUGUCGUGUUCGUGGUGUUGUAGUGCUCUGUGCUGUGCGGUGUGUGUCGGGGAGGGGAGUGUCCUGUGUGGUGCCCGGGGUGUAAGAAGGACUUGGACUUGUUGGUUGCAGAUGUCCUCCUGGAGAGGGGCCUUGUGAGGCACGUCGGCGAGGAGGCCAGCAUGGCCAUGCAACAUUGCCUCGGAUCGCCGCAGCAGUUCUGCCUCCGCUGGAACAACUACCAAAGCAACCUGACGCACGUCUUCGACCAGCUGCUGCAGAAUGAGUCCUUUGUGGACGUCACGCUGGCCUGCGAGGGCCACUCCGUCAAGGCGCACAAGAUGGUGCUGUCGGCGUGCAGCCCCUACUUCCAGACUCUGUUCUUCGAGAACCCCUGCAAGCACCCCAUCGUCAUUCUCAAGGACAUCCGCUGGCCCGAGCUCAAAGCCGUCGUCGAGUUCAUGUACAAGGGCGAGAUCAACGUGUCUCAGGAGCAGAUUGGGCCGCUCCUGCAAGUGGCCGAGUCGCUCAAGAUCCGCGGCCUGGCCGACGUGACCGGGGAGGACAGCGACGGCAACAAGUCGACGGUGCGGGAGCCGAUCCGGGACUCUGGCGCCGGUCGCGACGCCCGCGACCCCCUACGGGAGCCGACGGGGAAGGAGUCGCCGGUGCGCGACGGCCCCCGGGACCGGGACGUGGUUCGGGACGCGGUCAAGGAUGCGGUGCGCGACGCGACCCGGGACUCCGGGCGCGAGCGUGACCGGGAACGUGACCGUGAUCGCGACCGCGACCUGGUGACGCGGGAACUCAUCACCAGAGGCUCCCCGCGGGACGCGGGUGGCGCGCGGGAUGGGAGUAGGGACCCGUCCAGGGAGCGGGAGUCCUCGAGUCGGCCCCCGAGCAGCCUGGGCAGCCACGACGCCCUGCCACUGUCGCUCCCCCUGGCACUGCCGCUGUCGUCGCCACUUUACCGACACAAGAAGCGGCGGCGUCCGUCCACGGAACGCUACAGCCCCGUCCACGGCGCCUCGUCACCGGAAUCAGCCUCCGCCAACAUGAACCACGCAACCAACAACGGCACCCCGAUAGGCACCCCGGGCAGCCCCAGCCACGGACACGGACUCGGCGCCCCUGGCACUCCCGCCGGCGGGCUGGCGGGCGUGGGCGGGCUGGCCGAG